AUGAAAUCUUCCAUUGCAUUACUUAUGAACACUUCCAUUGUUCCACUAUCACCCCUUUUCACUCUAAACAAAAACCUUAUUAGUCUGCGUUCUCAUGUUCUUGUUAAGAGUGUAAGUAGUGACGUAUUAUCAUGGGCUUCAGUUAGCAUCAAUGGAGCUUCAUCUGUUAACAAGAAUGAUACUGGGGAUGAAGGUAAAACGAGUAUACAAAAUGUUCUAGAAGAAUUGGAACCUUUGUGGGAUGAUGGAUAUGGGACACAAACUGCAAAGGAUUACGCCUAUAUAGCCAUGGAUUUGAUUAAGAAUGAUGGAGGACCUCCUAGGUGGUUUUGCCCCAUUGCAUGUGGCAUACCUUUAAAAGAUUCGCCUAUUCUUUUAUAUAUUCCUGGGAUAGAUGGAACUGGAACUGGACUUGUUGUACAUGAGAAAGCUCUUGGAAAGGUUUUUCAUGUUCAAUGCUUGCAUAUUCCUGUUCAUGAUCGAACACCACUUGAAGGUUUGAUUCAAAUUGUGGAAGAAACUGUGAAGAUUGAACAUAAUUUGUCCCCAAAUAAGCCGAUUUAUUUGCUUGGAGAAUCUUUUGGAGGAACCCUAGCACUUUCAGUCGCUGCUCGUAACCCUACAAUUGACUUAAUACUCAUAUUAGUAAACCCAGCAACUUCAUAUGAGAGGUCACAAGUACACCCUUUAUUGCCACUCGUAAGAGCUCUACCUGAGAAACAUUAUGGGAUGCUACCCUAUGUCAUACCCCCUCUUCUGGGUGAUUUUGUAAAGGUGGCAAUGGUACAAAUCGAUGGUAAUGGUGUAAAUGAUUUGUCAUCUCUUUGGAAAUUUCUUUACAAUUUAUCACUUCUUUCUAUAAUGGCCAAAAUAUUACCACAAGAGACUCUUAAAUGGAGGUUAAAGCUAGUUGAAUCAGCUGCUGCUUAUGCUAAUUCCCGCCUCCAUGCUAUUACAGCUCCAGUACUCGUGCUUGCUAGUGGCAAAGAUAACCUGGUGCCAAGUAAAAACGAAGCCCAAAGGCUUUCAAGAUUCUUGAAGCACUGCAACGUACGUGUGUUCGAGGAAAAUGGGCACACAAUCCUAUUGGAGAAUGGUGUUAAUUUGUUGUCCACUAUAAAGACUAGUCAGAUGUAUCGCCGUUUUUCUAAGCAUGAUGUUGUUAACGACUUUUUGCCUCCUAGCAUGAGAGAGUUCAAAAACUCACCAAUGGGGUCUUGGUGGAAUCGCCUUUACAUGGGUGCAGCAAUGUUCUCAACAAUGGAGGAUGGAAAGAUAGUGAGAGGUCUUGCAGGGAUUCCAGAUGAAGGACCCGUAUUAAUCGUUGGUAAUCACAUGCUAUGUGGAUUUGAUAUUUUUCCUAUUAUCUCCGAGUUUUUGAGAGAAAAAAAAGUCAAGCUUCAUGGUUUAGCUCACCCACAAUUCUUUCAACUUGAUGAACAACAUUUCAUGAUUCCAAUCAUCGAUAUUUUGAAGCUAUUUGGUGCAAUUCCAGUUUCUGGAAAAAAUCUUUUUAAAUUGUUAGCAACAAAAUCGUACACGUUACUUUACCCUGGUGGUCUACGCGAAGCUCUCCAUCGUAAGGGUGAAGCUGCCAAAUUGUUUUGGCCUGAAAAACAAGAAUUUGUAAGAAUGGCAGUGAAGUUUGGAGCCACCAUUAUCCCAUUAGGAGUUGUUGGGGAAGAUGACAUAUCACAAAUAAUCCUCGAUUAUAAUGAAAUGAAGAGAAUCCCUUUCAUUAAUCAAAUGCUCAAUGAUUUAAAUCAAGGGAAAACUAAUUUGAGAGAGGGGAUGGUUGGAGAGAUAGCUAAUCAACCACUUCAUCUUCCUAUACUUUCACCCAAACUACCGGGUCGACUCUACUAUUUAUUUGGGAAGCCUAUACGCACAAAAGGAAAGGAAAAUAUGUUAGAUGACAAAGAGUAUUUGAGGAAAUUAUACUUGCAAAUAAAAUAUGAGGUUGAAAAGAAUGUGGCUUAUUUGUUAAUGAAAAGGGAGGAGGAUCCUUAUAGGGGUUUGGUUGAGAGGCUUGUGUGGUUAACAACUAUGGGUUCUUUAGAUCAAAUCCCAUCAUUUGAGCCAUAAUGUUGAAUUAUCUUGGUAUAUGUAACUUUUGUUUAGGAAUGUAUUUUUUUGUUGAUUUUUAAACAAUAUUUAAGAGUAUUUAUUCAAAAAAAUAUGUGUUAGCGAGUA